AUGCGAUGGCCCCUGUGGCUGUGGUGGAGUGGUAAAGCUGCCAUGAUACUCACUACCAGGUUCGAAUCCAGUUGGGGAGGCGCGGCAGUUCUCAGCUCCGAGAACCUACCUGACAUUCUGGCCAACUUCCGUGCCCUCCUGUUAAAGCAGUAUCUGACCUCUACACCGCCUAGUGGUACUACUUCCUCCUCCACGAUCCAGCCUUUCUCUCACUCCGUUCCGGCUCCAUUGGCAUCCUCCUCGUCGUUCGCACAUCCAGCAACCCUCUCUUCCCAGGCCCAGAGUCUCGCCUGCUCGAGUCCCGUCUCGGCAGCUGUACUGGCCGGCUCCACUCUUUCCUCCGCCUGCUCUUCUGCCUGCUCGUCUGCUUGCUCCUCUUCCUCGGCUACUUCUUCUUCUUCUUCUUCUUCUUCUUCCGCCUCCUUAUCUUCCUCGUCCACAGUCUCGUCGGCGUCAGCGGCGGCGGCUGCUGCUGCCGUCCUCUCUUCUUUGGCAGCGAGCACCGGCUUGACGGGUUCCGAUGCUUGCCUCCUCGGCCGGCAGGUCUCCUCGUCACAGCUGCUCGUCUGCCCACGCGGCCUCGAUGCUGGCGCGCAUCUGCCCACCUCGGGAUGCCUGCUUUCUUCACCGACCCUCUCGCCGUCCGUCUGCGUCUCCUAUUCCUCAGGCGGCCGGCCGCUGUCCGAGUCCUCAGCUCUCUCUCUGCUGCACCCGAAUCUCUCGGCAACCCGCACCUCGCCAUUGUCGUUGCCGAUGCCAUUGUCGCUGGCCUCCUCACUGCACCAACACCACGUCCAACCGGCUCUGCAGUCUGGCAUCGGCUCACUCCACUCGCCCCACCACGUCGCCUCUCUUCACGCCCCUCUCCACCAACCCGCCUCUCCGCACGCCCAACAACAGCUCCAGCAACAGUUGAUCGGCCUCGCCGGUCUCAAAUCGGACGCCGUCAAGGCCGCCGCCAGCCCGGCCAACACGGCGACGGCGUCGGGGUCGGCGUCGGCUUCGACGUCGACGUCGACGGCUCCUCUCCUCUUCUGGUCGACCGAGUCCAGCCCGCCGGCCAGCAGCUCGGCCGCGUCCGUCUGCAGUCUGCUCGUCAGCUCGGCCGCGAGUCAAGCGUCCGGAGAGCCGUUGCUUUCGUUCCAGUUGCCGUUGCCAAUGCCCGGCGACUCGGAGGCCCAGCUCAACCUGCCGCCCACGGCCAGGUCGACCCAGGAGCUGCAUGGCCUCUCGGCCGUGGUCGCGGCCGCUGCCGCAGUCGCUGCCGCCGCCAACACGACAGCCACCACCGGCCUCUCCUCAAGCCAAUUGUUGCUCGGCUGUCCCCUCUCGGCGCCCAGUUCCCCGCACCGCGGCGCCACCGGGUCGGCCGGUACCACCGGCAACACCGCCACCACGUGCACAACCGGUACCACCAGCGGCACCGGCGGGCCUCCGUUGUUUCUGGCCAACGGAGUGAGGGGACCGCCCAGUUUGGUGAGCAACCUGCUCACUUGCAUAAAACGUGAAGCCGCCGCCACGGGGUUCAGCGGCCUUGCACCGCUGACCGCAUCUUCCGGUCCUUUGAGUCACGUCAAUGGCUGCUCGAGUCCCAUAAACAACAGCUUCGGUCUCUCGAAUCUCACGCCGGCGUCCAGCGCUGCCGGCCUGACGACAGAGACCACCUUCAGCGCGUGUCUGUCCGACACCGCCAGCAUCGCCGCCGCAGUCGCUGCCAGCGCCAGUGGAGGCAGUGGUGGUGUUGCUGGUGUUGGUGUUGGUGGUAGUGGCGGUGGCUGCGGAGGUAGCUGCGGAGGUGGCGGCAUUGGUGGUGGUGGGGCUGGUGGAGUUGGUGGAGGGGGUGGUGGAGGGUGUGGAAGCGGCGGGACAGCAGGAGGCAGCGGAAGUAGUGGUACCGGAGGAGCUGGCAGUGGAAGUGCCGGUGGCGGAAGCACAACUGGCAGUUUCUCAUCGGGUUGGGAGCCUUGCAAAGUUUGCGGAGAUAGGGCCUCA